CUGACAUUUGGGAGCUGGUUUCGGGGCCGCCCGGCGGAGCGGACCCGCCUGCAGCCGAGGGUGCCCGCGGCCGCGACGUGGCUCUGCCGGGGCUCCGCGCCGCCUUUCCCCGGGCGGGGCGGUCGGGACUGCAGCGAAACCACCGGGGACGAGCCCCGGAGCCGGGCGGGAGCAGACACCUCGCACCGCUUUCCCCGCGCCGCCCCGCCGAGGACGGCGAUCUGCCGGGACGGAGCGAGGCAGCGCGGGGCCCGGCCGCCGCUGCUCCCGCCGCGUCCCACCGCCGAGCCCCGUCGUAACCGAGCGGUGGGCGCCGGGCCCAGCCAGGCCCCCCCUCGUACCCCCGGGCUGCGGCGGCUCCCUGACGCCCGCCGUUGUGAUGCGUAUUCCCGUAGACCCGAGCACCAGCAGGCGCUUCACUCCCCCCUCCACGGCCUUCCCCUGCGGUAAGAUGGGUGAGAACAGCGGGGCGCUGGGGGCCCCCGCACCGGGCGCCAGGGCUCGACCUGAGGUCCGCUCCGUCGUGGAUGUACUGGCCGACCACGCCGGCGAGCUGGUGCGCACCGACAGCCCCAACUUCUUGUGCUCGGUGCUGCCGUCCCACUGGAGAUGCAACAAGACGCUGCCCGUCGCCUUCAAGGUCGUAGCCCUCGGAGAUGUGCCCGAUGGGACGGUGGUCACGGUGAUGGCCGGGAACGACGAGAACUAUUCGGCGGAGCUCCGCAACGCCUCCGCCGUGAUGAAAAACCAAGUAGCGAGAUUUAACGACCUCAGAUUUGUUGGGAGAAGCGGCAGGGGAAAAAGCUUCACCCUGACGAUCACCGUGUUCACCAACCCCACCCAGGUCGCUACUUAUCACCGAGCCAUUAAAGUGACUGUUGACGGACCCCGGGAGCCACGAAGGCACAGACAAAAGCUAGAAGACCAAGCCAAACCCUUCACCGACCGCUACGGGGAACUGGAACGGCUGCGCCAGUCCAUGAGGGUCACCCCAACAACACCCAACCCCCGCGGAUCCCUCAGCACCACCAGCCACUUUGGGUCCCAGGCUCAGACUCCAAUACAAGGCACGUCAGACCUGAGCCCCUUCCCCGACCCGCGGCAGUUCGAUCGCUCCUUCCCUGCGCUGCCGGCGCUCACCGAGACCAGGUUCUCCGACCCGCGGAUGCAUUACCCCGGCGCCAUGUCCGCCGCCUUCCCGUACACCGCGACACCCUCGGCCACCGGCAUCGGGGGCAUCAGCAUGACCAGCAUGCCCACCACCACGCGCUUCCACCACACCUACCUGCCGCCCCCCUACCCCGGCUCCACGCAAAACCAGAGCGGACCCUUCCAGACCAACCCUUCUCCCUACCACUUGUACUACGGCACGUCCUCAGGCUCCUACCAGUUCUCCAUGGUGGCGGGCGGCGAGCGUUCCCCCACACGGAUGCUCUCGUCUUGUACGAGCGCCUCGGCGGGGAACAACUUAAUGAAUCCCAACCUGGGCAACCAGAACGACGGGGUGGACGCGGACGGGAGCCACAGUAACUCGCCGACGACCAUGACGACUACUGGGAGGAUGGAUGAGUCGGUCUGGAGACCCUACUAGGAGGAACUCAACUGGGAAGCGGUAUCUUUGACUUAAUCAGCAACCGAUAACGUUACUCCUUUUGGUAGUGAAUAGGAAAAGGUAAGCCAAAGUGUCCCAAACCAAAAGCAUGCAAGCGUGGGCAAACAUCAAGCGAAGAUGGACCAGGACCUACGUUACAUUUCAAGAUGAACGUCCACGAGGCUUGAAUUUGUCGCUUGAUGUGGUUCCUCUCCUAUAAGUAUGUGGAAUGUACAUAGGGAAAAGGAAAAAAAGCAAAAAGAAAAGGACGUGUGGAAUCCGAUGUUUGUUUCUUGCAGACACUUGUCAGUCAUCUCACUUGCACCUCUUCUCCACACAAAGCAUUCGGAAGUUACCAAAAGCUCACCCUUCUUCUGCAAAAUGUUUCAGAGAAGAGAAAAUCAAACCAGGGAGUCGUCCAAGCCCAUGCAGGAAGACUGAACUGGAAAAAGGAAGAAAAAAGAAAAACAAAAAAAGAAAUAACCCCCCCGUUGUCUCUUCUCCUUCCCCCACGCCGGUGCAGGGUCCCCAACCACCAAAGAGCUCCGGGGUGGCAGCAGAGCACCCAGAGCCCGGUUUACAGCCCAGCGUGUUCCUGGGGUCGGCCGGCACCAACCACGUGAACGAGAGCUGUGAUGUGAUUGUUUCUAUUAGUUGCUGACGACACGGGUUGUAUUGUUCAUUUUUUGUCAUUGUCGUCAUUUUUCAAACAGUAACGUGGUUGAUCCCCAUGCCUGACAGACCCCCCUUUCCUCUAUGUUUACAUACGAGAUGUACUUUUUACAAGGUGCGUUUUUUGUUUGCUCUUUCGUCCUGACCUCACCAUUCCAUUCUUUGCUCCUCUUCACAAAUCUCAGUGAUGGUGGCUGAAGCGUUCAGGACAAUCCAAGAUGUACCAGAUGCACUUCCGAGCGUUUUCGCUGCAAAAGGGCCUCAGGAGCCUUUGGCGUGACCCUGGGUGUCCCUGUCACCCCCUCUGCGCGGUGACACACGCAGCUGGUGGCAAAGCAUCAUAUUUCCCUUAUGAUCCUUUCCCACGUUUUCACCCGGAGCAGAUUGACAUGCGCUGACUCUUUUAAUUACAAAGCGACUUACACUUGUCAGUUGAUCCUGAAAGCUCUAAGUGAGAUUUGGAGAAAGGAGCGGUUUCUAUUUAAUCCCUUGGUGGUGGGAAUAUUGCAGAGCAAUGUUAUCUUGCAUUUCCCCACUUUCCCCCAGGUCACCCAGCACACGGGUAUCUUGCUGUAGACGAAUAAGCUGAAGAAGCGGCACUAAAAGUGCCAAAUCCCAUUGCCACCAAGCCUUUUGGUUUUUUUUGCAUGAACGUAAGGAAACAAACCCCUCAGCUGCCCCCCCGGCCCCUCUAUUGCAAGUUGCCCCAUUCCAAAUCUCAGUUGGCAGCUUGGGAGCCCUCGGUCGAGGUGCGGAGCGUUGUAAUUGCACUACCACGGCAAGACUGGAGCAAGACAUCCUGGCUUCAUUGGAAAGCUGCGAUGACCACUCACGGCUUAAAUAAGCAACAAGAACAACUCUUUGCAAUGAUAAUAAUUAAAAUAAUAAUAAAAAUAAACCCUACCCCAGCAAAACUGCAACAUCCAUUCGCCUUAGCGGCCGCGGGUGCCUCACUGGUGCUCGCCAGCUGUAGAAACUGGACCACGGCAGCCUGUGUUUUAAUGCAUUUAUUUCUAUCAUCCGAUCGCGCCACUGGUUGAAAGCACAAAGAAAACAAGGCAUUCGUAGUACUAGGUUAAUUUAAGACUGUUCGUAACGAAUUAAAAUAAAAAGGUAACUAAAAAGAAUGGCAACGAUGUUAUUUUUAUGACAUAUUGUCAUGUGAAGGUGUAAAUACAUGCACCUCUAUUGUACGCAGAUGGUCAGAAGACAGGCCAAUGUUUUUUGCUUUGCACUAUAAUUUGCUUUUUUUAAGAAAAUGCACAAUCGCUUGUACAGUCAAACCCCUUUGGCUCACAGAAUAUUUAACUAUAAAAUCUAAUUUUUGGUCUUAUUUGUUAUAAUAAUAUAAUUCUUAAAUGUGUUGAAGGAUCCAAUGCUUAAUAAUGCUUCUAAUACUUGUAUGUGCAGGGUAAAAGAACAACAAACAACUAAGGAGAUGAGAACAAAGUUCUUUGGAGAUAGGGAAGGCUAAAGUUGUUGGGUUUUUUAAUGGUGUCUUAUGAUGGACAUUAAAGAAAAAGAAAUGCUAGUGAUACCAAAUAAUGUGGUUAUUUGUGUAAUAUACCAGCCCUACUUGAAGGUAAUGCCCUUAUAUUUAAUAUGUAGCCCAUCUUUUUAACCUGUAGCACUUGUCACUGGGGAUGUGGGGACACGGGGAGGGAGGGAGGGGGAGGAAGAGGAGGGUCUGCUCCUGUCGAGGUCAUUGGGAGAAGCUCUGUCCAGAGCCGAUGAGAACAGGGUCGGGCGGCAAUCGCGUCGGGACGGAGCCGCAGCGGAGCGGUCAGUUCUGCUUUCCUAGUUAUCGGGUGUCGAUGUUCUUUAUCCAAUGUACGUGAUUGUAUCGUCAGGCCUCCGUGUAAUCAUUUUAAUGACUUUCCAUGUGGAAUAAUAAACGUAUGGUUACGAGUCUC